GAACAUGCUGAUGACCGGUACAAGACCUCGCCUUCCCUUGUGGUCCAUGUCAGGGGUCUCUGCGAUGGUGUCGUUGAAGCAGAUUUAGUGGAGUCUGUCGAGAGGUUUGGACCCAUAAGCUAUGUGAUGAUGUUGCCAAACAAACGACAAGCACUGGUAGAGUUUGAAGAUUUGGAUAGCUCCCAGAGCUGCGUUACCUAUUCAAAACGUCGGGUUAUCAACGUCUCGGGAUUUCCUGCGUUUUUUAACUUCUCCACCAGCCAGAGGAUCACUCGCCCCGGGGGUGCCGAAGACCCCAAGAACGUCAACAACGUCCUCUUUUUAGCCAUUCAGAAUCCACUCUAUCCAAUUACCACGGAUGUUUUGUACACUAUCUGCAACACAUGUGGUCCAGUCCUGCGCAUUGUAAUAUUCAAGAAGAAUGGUGUGCAAGCAAUGGUUGAAUUUGACUCAGUUCAAAGUGCCCAGAAGGCGAAGGCUUCUCUGAACGGUGCAGAUAUUUAUUCUGGUUGCUGCACACUAAAAAUUGAAUAUGCUAAGCCUACUCGACUGAAUGUCUUCAAGAAUAAUAGCGAAUCGUGGGACUACACUAAUCCUAACUUAACCAGAGGAGAUGAAGGGAGAAUUUUCAGGCAGCCGGCACUUUUGGGAGAUCAUCCGUCAAUAUACAGCGGUAACGGAUAUGGCUAUCCACACUCAGCGGGUAGCAGUCGGUCAUUAGAACGCAGAAUGGCACCUCGCCCAUCCAAUAGCAAGUCCUCAGUCAUGCAUCAUUACCCUCCAUCACCACCACACAUGGCAUCGCAGCAGCAUGGGUCUAUGCGCUCCAGCAAAGUUCUAAUGGUUUACGGACUUGUUCCGAACAAAAUCAAUUGUGACAAAAUCUUCAACCUUCUCUGCUUGUAUGGCAACGUUGAAAAGGUCAAGUUCAUGAAGAGCAUGCCAGAUGCUGCGAUGGUUGAAAUGGGUGAUGAAUUUUCUGUGGAGCGGGCUAUCACCCACCUCAAUAAUGUCCAUAUGUUUGGAAAGCCGCUCAGCUUGUGUGUCUCCAAACAGCACACAAUUAUGCCGAGUCAGUCUUAUGAACUGCAAGAUGGCACCAAUAGUUACAAGGACUUCACUGACUCCAGGAACAAUCGCUUCUGCAACCCUGGACAGGCUUCCAAAAACAGGAUCCAACCUCCUUCCAGCGUACUCCAUUUCUUCAAUGCUCCAAUUGGAGUAACAGAGGAAACAUUUCAACAGAUGUGUGAGGAUUCCGAUCUGAAGUCUUUUCUGACAUACAAAACAUUUUCUGGAAAAUCUGACCGGAGUUUAUCGGGCUUGUUGGAAUGGCAGUCGAAAGAUGAAGCUGUGGAGGCGCUGGCCAUGCUGAAUCACUACCAGAUAAAAAAUCCAAGUGGUCCGUAUCCCUACACCUUGAAGCUCUGUUUUUCAUCCAUCUCCCAUGUAUGAAGAUGGGCUGAAGUGUGAACAUGAGAAUUUGGCAAUGUACACCUGCAGGCAACCUUACACUUGACACUUGCAAUUACAAAGCGAAAAUUGUCCUAUCCGUUUUGAAUGGUGUUGUAUCACUUUAUACCUGCUAAGUGGAAAUAAAAUCCUUUUUCUUCAGUUUAACUUGUAACUUUUUUUUCAAAACUGUAUCGGAAUAAUAUAAAGUAGACAUUAAACUACCAUAAAUUAAGUGCUGCUUGGUUUAUUAGGCAAUCAAACUUGUUUUGGUCCUUUAUGUCCGUGUUUAAGACCUUAAUAUGUCGAUACGUAAAAGCUUAAAUGUUUAUGCAAGUGACCUUGUGAAUUAGAACUAUGCAAGUGAUGAAGAAAUAUCUACUUGUGGUGUACUUUUACGUGUUGAUGGCACUUUUGCUAUUUUUCUCCCUGUGAGUUAAAACUGUAGGACUGUUAUUCUUUGGGAAACGUAGUUUGUGAUGGUUUGUUUGGUUUCUUGCUAUAAACUACGCACAUUUUUGUGAUCCUAGAGUUCUGUGUAUUGCUGAAACUGAAGUGCCAAAAUUGAUAGUGAUUUUAAACACUAUGCCUGAACUUGGUAUUUGUAAUGGGCUUGUUGCCACGUGUUAACUCCUGCUGUGGUUAAGUAGUUCAUUAAACAUUUAAAAGAUA